GUGACAAAAUUCCAAAAACCUUCUUAUAUAUAGUCUCUCAAUAUUAUCCAUGUACCUCUUUCUUCAUCACAUACAUUUCAUUUCAUGCACGAAACCGAGAUACACUCCCGCCAUCUUCGCCUGCAACUUCUAAAGCAUCAUAUCUUCGCAAAAACAUCAAUCAAACACACACACACACACUCAAGUCAUCAAUCAACGACCCUAUUCUCUUCUCUUUCAAUUUCACAACCAUGAUAUUCAAAUUCCCAUCACAUUGCGCUAAUAAUAACACAAAAAAAUAAAAAUAAAAACAAUGCAUCGAUUUUGUUUUAGAACCAAACCCCUUCUUCGUCGUUUCCCUCAUCCUCCUAAAUACAUUUCUUCAUCAUCAUCUUCAUAUUCCAAUCAAAAUCUCAACAAUUCACAUUCACCCCAAAAACCUCUACAAAAUCCCCAAAUUACCCCUCCAACCGUUCCUAACAAACUCUCUCCUGUUACUUCUUCUCUCUCAAAAACCUCCGUUAUCGCUCUCUCCGCCGCCGUAGUCGCUUCCGUCGCAUUCAUUUCAUACGAUUACGGCCGCGAACAACAAUCCGAUCACGGAGGUGUCCAUAAUCCUAUCUACGCUGGCGCCGAACACGCCGCGCAUCGUUCCGCCGAAUCUGUAAACCGGAUUUUCCAUCACGUGAAACGAACCGGUGUUGCUGCUACGGUUCUAUGGCAGUCGUUACGUUCAGUGUUGUCUUCGGCGAACCACGAGGUUCGUUCUGGAUUCGAGAUUCGUGUUGCGGCGUUGCUGGCAGAUAUCGCUGCUGCGAAUUCGAGCCGUAGAGCCGCGAUUGUUGGUGCCGGUGGUGGCGCUGUUGUGGAUUGGUUACUUGAUUCUGUUGCUGUUGUGAAAGAUGUUGGUGGUGGUACUCAGGCGGAAGCGGCGAGAGCGCUUGCGUAUUUGAUUGCGGAUCCUGAUGUUUCUGCUGCUGUGUUUGCGCGACCUCACGCUGUUCCGAAUCUUCUGAGGUUUAUCUUCUCUUGCAAGCCACGGCGUUCCAAGAAUAAAACGAAGAAUUCAAGACGUAGUGCAUUUGAUGUUUCUGAUUCUUUGAAAGGUAGGAGCAUGCUUGUGGCUUCUAUUAUGGACAUUGUUACUUCCAGCUGUGACAAUGCUGAGAAUGUAUUUUUUAAGCCAUCUUUGCCUGGAAAUGCUGAAACCAGAGAUAUUGCUGAAGCACUACAAGUUAUCGAGGAAGGGGGUUUGCAUUUGGACGAGCCACCUGAGGAUGAUGAUGAUGGUGGUGGGAUAGGAGGGAAAGGGAUUGGAAUCAAGAUACUUGAAGGUACCACUGUUUUAGGACUUUCAAGGACCCAAGAUGCAAUGGAGUUGGAUAAUGCUGAUUUUGGUCAUGAAGAAACAUUGAAAGACAAUACACCGUCAACACUUGUGUACCAUAAGUUCGAUGAUUCACGGGUUGAAAACAAUAUGUCCUCUGUUGUUGUACCUGGUCUCUGGGAUGAUUUAACCUAUGAACAUGUUGCUGUUCCUUUUGCCACCUGGGCAUUGGCAAAUUGGGCAACGGCAUCACAGUUGAAUAGAUCUCGUAUUCAGGAACUAGAUCAGGAUGGAAAUGCUGUCUUGUCUGCUUUAAUGGCACCUGAGAGAUCUGUAAAAUGGCAUGCAAGUUUGGUGGUGCGGUUGCUUUUAGAAGAUCGCGAUACACCUCUGAAUGAAUCUGUUUCUGAUUGGAGUUCCCAUCUCCUCUCCACUAUAUCUCAUGCAUGUAAGCAUGAUGAUGCUUCGUUGGCUCAGGUAGCCUUUUCUGCCUUUCUUUUAUCUGUUGAGAGGAGUCCUGAGGUGCAGAAGACAGUGAUGGAGAAGGGUCUUAAUUUGAUGAGAGACAUUGCCAAGACAACAAAACAUAAGCAGGUGCAAGAAGCAAUAGCAAAGGCAUUAGAACUACUUUGUACUGGGGAUCGCCAUUUAUCUCUUGAAGAGAGUCAAAAGUGGUCGGGCAUUCUCAUUCCCUGGGUUUUUGGAACAUUUUCCUCUGAUGUUCUACGAAAUUCAGCCAUAAAAAUUCUGUCCCAGAUCCUUGAAGACUAUGGAACAACAUCUGUACCACUUUCCCAAGGAUGGUUGGCCAUGCUGUUAAAUGAAGUACACAAUUCCAUCAAGAAAUCAAUUGAUAAAGGAGCCAGUCAACCAAAAAGUGAUAAAGUGAAGACUUUAAUCAAUAAUGCAAAUAUUGCUUCUGCUGCACAAGUUGCAAAUCAGCUUUCCAAUGCUGUUGUUAAUCUGGCAGCUAAACAAUUGAGCACUGUGUCUAAUUCUGAGGAUAUAUCCCCACUGGCAGAUUUUCUUUCUCUGGAACCUUUAGCAGGGCCGUUUAAAAAUUUAAAAAAGGAUAGUCUGCCUAAAUUUGGUGCUGCAGAUUCUGCCUCAGCAACCCUUAAAGGUAUUAAAGCUCUGACCGAAGUUUGUGCAGAAGACUCUGAGUCUCAGAACAAGAUUGUUGAUUUUGGUAUUUUAUGUUUGCUGAGGCGCUUUUUGUUGAAUGAUGAUUAUGAGAGACUGGCUGCUAUUGAAGCUUAUGAUGCAUCAUCAAGAGCACAUGAGAGGAAAUCAAAUGAAGGUGAAGAACUACCUAAAUCAGAUAUAAAUGAUCCAUCUAGUGUCCGAGUUCCACCUACAGCUCAUAUCCGCAGGCAUGCGGCUCGGUUGUUGACCAUCCUCUCACUGCUUCCCAGAGUCAAGAAGGUAAUCAUAGCUGAUAAAACUUGGUGCAGUUGGCUUGAUGAUUGUGCUAAUGGCAAGAUUCCGGGUUGCAGUGAUCUUAAGUUGCAAAGUUAUGCCAGAGCAGCACUUUUAAAUAUAUUUUGCAAUGACCAGAUUAAUGGAAGGUCUGACAGUGCAAGCCCUUUUGGUGGUGGUGGUGUAAAUUAUAACAACAACAACAACAACAACAACAACAAUAAUAAUAAUAAUAUGUGUCCCCGUUAUGAGGACAUGAUAUUCUUGAUAAAUUCUCAUCUUCCUCACUGGAAGUGUCCCAAUGAAACAGAUCAACAAGGAUCUUUCCCAAAAGAUAUAACAGAUUCAACAAAAAAUAGCCUAGGUGCAGAUUUUCCUGAACUAGAUGUGGUUUUUGUCCAUGGCCUCCGUGGCGGCCCUUACAAAACCUGGCGUAUAUCAGAGGACAAAUCGUCAACUAUGUCUACUUUGGUAGAGAAGAUUGAUGAGGAAGCUGGAAAGCUUGGAACCUUUUGGCCCGGUGAAUGGCUUUCUAGUGAUUUUCCCCACGCUCGCUUGUUUACCCUCAGAUACAAGACUAAUCUCACACAGUGGUCCGGAGCUAGCUUGCCUCUUCAGGAAGUUAGUUCUAUGCUACUGGAGAAGCUUGUUGCUGCAGGAAUUGGGAAUCGACCUGUUGUUUUUGUUACUCACAGCAUGGGGGGCUUGGUUGUGAAGCAGAUUCUCCAUUCAGCAAAGGAGGAAAGAUUUGAUAAUCUUGUGAAUAACACAAGAGGAAUAGUGUUUUAUAGCUGUCCACAUUUUGGCAGCAAACUUGCCGAUAUGCCUUGGCGAAUGGGCUUUGUACUUCGUCCUGCUCCAUCGAUAGGAGAGCUAAGAAGCGGGUCUUCAAGAUUGAUUGAGCUUAAUGAUUAUAUUCGUCAACGUUAUAAGAAAAGCGUUCUUGAUGUCCUCAGUUUUUGUGAGACUAAGGUAACUCCAAUAGUAGAAGGUUAUGGUGGAUGGGCCUUUCGAAUGGAAAUUGUACCAAUUGAGUCAGCAUAUCCUGGAUUUGGGGAACUAGUUGUUUUGGAGUCGACCGAUCAUAUAAAUUCUUGCAAGCCAGUGAACCGCUCAGACCCUUCUUAUACAGAGACAUUAAAGUUCUUAGAGAAAUUAAAAGCAUGCUAUAACUAAGUAGACAUGUUUCAACGAUAGAUAUGUAAAUACCUAAAGAGCUAGGUAGGUGUUUUGGCGUGGCAUUUAUAUUUCAGAUACACAGGAAGCUUGUAUGUCCUAUGGCAUCGACUCAAUACUAUUUAACAUAUUAAGUGAAGCUUCAAGGUGGACUAAAUACCAAGAUAUUGGCACACACGUAACUUCCAUAUUUUCCCAUUCUUCAAUCAUUCUUCCGCUUCAAAUUUUGUCCGUGUUGGAGGUCAACUGGCCCUGUGGUACUGUAAUCAGUAUCUUUUGUACAUAAAUAGGAAGCAAAGCACAAUUGUAACCCAUGUAUAUGUAUAUUCAUGUAAAUCCUUUUUUUUUCUUCUAUAUUGUUUGGUGUUAAGCAUAAGCAUAGAGGUUUUGGUUUGUAUUUCUUUUUUGAAAGUCAUUCAACUUCGACUCCUCAGCAAGGGCAUGGUUGGAUAGGUGGAUACUUUAAUUAAAUUUGGUCUGGCUUUUGCUGGCUAUUGAGGAUAGAAUUUUUAAAA